UUUUUUUCGGAGUGAAUGCACGUAAGACGUAGACAUAGACGCGGAUGUGGAACAGGACGCCAGUCAUACAACGCCGAUCGCAGGACGCAAGACGACCGAUACAGUGCAGGAUGCAUGACAGAACGCAAGGGAACGUGCGUGUCCCAUAGAGGUACGCACAUUCAUACUUCCACACGCGUCCAAGCACGCACCGGACACAGAACAAAAGACGCAGACACGCGAUCCUCUAGACGCCUGAGUCAGCGAUGGUGUUGCCGGUUGACCAAGUUGCGCGCCUCGAGGCCUCCCCGAUAGGGUUGUAAUUUACGUAUUCUUGGAGUCAGCACCCUGGAGAGCACAAACAAAGGGAGGAGGGAAGGCAAAAGCGCUGCGAACCCCAUCCACAGAAAGCAUGUCUUAUCGCCGAGGUGAGACACGUUGGUUUGCCUUCUAUCUUGUGGUCAAGACAGCAGGAGGAUCACUACCAGCAGCCCUGAGGGGACCAGGACCAGGACGCUGUCCUGUCAAGCCGGCCGGAAGCACGCGUGGGAGAGCUACAGAAGACGCGGCAAACGCCACCGAAAGUGACAGGGCAAGGAUGCACAGACGACAGGCGCGGAGUCGCUGACCACAGCAGAGCUUGC